AUGAGAAUUAGUAAGAAUGAGAAUUAGGAAAGAAUGAACACGUUUUCUGAUGCUUUUCAAAAUAAUUCUGAUAUUGAUUCCGACAUAUAAUCAUCGUAAGAUAUGGGUGUGCGUGAUGCAUUGAUCUACGUGCUAUGAAAAAGGUAUACAUGAUCUGUAACAAUCCGCCGUCAUUUCCCGUACAGACAUCCACUAUAUCCUUUGAUAUAUCACAGUAUCGUUACAAACCGGUUACAAUGCACACCGUGUGACCGCAACAGAAAAAAAGAAAAGAAGAACUUAUGAGAUAGUUAUACUUAACUCACCUAAAAAGGAUCUUCGUUAUUUGAGAUCACAAUUUUUUACUCGUUCCAAUAAAAAUUCGAAUGAUGCUUUUAUAGAAUAAUAUUAUUUUAAUAUUUGAUUAAAGUAUCUUGAAAAGUUUUAAAAUCAUGAAGAAGAAUGAUGAUGAUGAUUAUUAGAUUAAUUACAAAAGAAUAUUAAUAAUUUCAAUCAGUUAUUUGAUUACUGUGUAAAAUCUAUCGCAAGUACUUAGAUAACAUAUCGUACGUGUAAGGUUUCGGUUUUCAAUUACCAUAAUCUGAGUUUCAGACAUCUUACGCCAAAGAAGGGAUAUUUUUAAAUAGAAGUGAAAGUCUAUUGUUUCUUCUAUCUAUAUUAAAUAAGAACUGAAAAUUCAAUUUUAGAAAAAACAAUACAUUUGAUCAUUCUCACACACUAACUGAAUGGAGUUCACAUAAAAAUAAGAAGAAUUCUAUUGCAUCUGGUUUCAUUAAAGGCGUCUCAGAUUCAUAACGCUAUCCACAAGUAUAAUCAAGGGGUUAGCGAAGCAUUUCAAGACUCAUGUAGUCUGUUCAGUACCGCAUGCGGUGGUGACACGUUAGUUUGCUCUCUGAUGGGUCUCCUCUGACUUCUGUAAGGCUUCAGAGAAGAACGAGAACGCUCAACGUACACAGAUAUCUUAUUCGUUCAAAUUUGAUAUUAUUAGUAAUGUUUUUACACCGAGUGAUCAAUUGAUAAUAUUCGAUAUCUCAGACAUCUUGUGCGCGGCGAUUUUAUUACAUGACAAUGCUGUAUCAAUAUUUCUGUUUAAUCUUUAAAUUCCUAAACAUUAAAAUCUUGAUACGACAUUAAUAACACAAAAAAGAAGAUCUAAUAUUAUUAAAAGAGAUCUAAUAAUAGAUUCCUCACAUUUUUCCAAGCUAAAUAAUAUAUAAAAAUUUAUAAAAAUAUCGGACAAUCAUCUAAAAUUUGUGAUUAUCAUUAUGAUGAACGAACAAUUGAUUGAUAUGACUGUGAUAAAGAAACCUUUAAUUCUAAAACCAUCAAAUAGUAAAGAUUCAUCCGGAGCAACACUUUUUUGGCGAGAUCUUUCUGUAUACGCGAUGAAACGUAAUGGAAAAACCAUAGACAAACAACUUAUAAACAACGUGCGAGGUGUGAUCAAACCUGGAGAUCUAACAGCUAUAUUAGGAGGCAGUGGAUCUGGGAAAACAUCGUUAAUGACAGCAUUGGCACUUCGUACAGGACCUGGUAUUGUGGUGCACGGUGAUAUUCGUGUGAACGGUGUUCCAAUCGGAUCAUCUUAUAUGAAACACCACAGUGGUUUUAUGCAUCAGGAAGAUAUGUUUAUUGGAACGAUGACCGUUUUGGAACAUCUGUGGUUUAUGGCUCGAAUGAAAUUCGACAGAAGGGUACGAAAUCGCGAAAUUCAUGGAAAAAUUGAAAGUUUAUUACGUGACGUUGGUUUGAUUUAUAGAUGUAACGUUCGUAUCGGUGAUAAUGACGAUGGAAAGAUUUUAUCGGGUGGAGAAAAGAAAAGACUUGCUUUUGCGACGGAAUUGCUUACGGAUCCAAAGAUAUUAUUUUUAGAUGAACCAACAACGGGACAAGAUGCACAUUCUGCUAGCUUUUUGAUAUCAGAAUUAACGUCAUUUGCAGCAAAAGGUCGAACAGUUUUAUGUACUAUACAUCAACCGAGCUCUGCAAUUUUUGAUUGUUUUCAUCGAAUUAUACUUGUUGCCGAUGGAAGAAUUGCAUUUGCUGGUACCAAUGAACAAGCUAUUCGCUUUUUUGCAAGUCAAGGUUACGAAUGUCCACAAACUUACAAUCCCGCUGAUUUCCUUGUUGCAACUCUUGCAAUUGUUCCAAGAGAUGAGAGCAGUAGUAGAAUAACUGCACAAAGAAUUUGUGAUGCUUUUCUCACAAGUGAAGCAUGUAAGGAAGUGGAUGUUAACAUACAAUUGGAAUUGCAUAUAGCUAAAACCUAUCAUUGGAGAAAUGACGUUUUACUUACAAACGAGUUCAAGCAAUUACAAUGUUGGUUGAAGCUUUUUUGGAUGGUCCAUCGUGGUUUUAUGCAAGUGUUAAGAAAUCCAUCAUUACAGCUAAUCAGAAUGUUUCAAAAAUUGUGUGUAGCAACAAUGGCUGGACUUUGUUUUGUGGGUGCAGUGAAUUUGGAUCAACUGGGAAUACAAGCUGUACAGGGUGUUAUUUUUAUUUUAGUUUCUGAAAAUGCAUUUUUUCCAAUGUAUGCUACUUUAUCUUUAAUACCACAAGAACUCCCACUCUUUCUCAGAGAAUACCGUGCUGGAAUGUAUUCUAUUUAUCUUUAUUACUUUGCAAGAAUAUUAUCUUUGAUCCCUGGACUAAUACUGGAACCAAUAUUAUUUACAACAAUAGUUUAUUGGCUUUCUGGAUUACGUGCAACAACUGAUGCUGUGGUUUCAACUAUGAUAGUUAUUAUAUUCACAAUAAAUGUAUCAACUGCUUGUGGAUGUUUCUUUUCUGUGGCAUUUGAUUCUGUACCAUUAGCAAUGGCAUAUUUAGUGCCAUUCGAUUACAUUCUCAUGGUCAGUAUGGGUCCUUUUAUCAAGUUAAGUACAUUGCCAAUUUAUGUACGUUGGAUAAGAUACAUUUCAUGGCUCUUACAAUCGACAGAGACUCUCUCUAUUAUUCAAUGGAGAGGUGUAUAUAAUAUAUGUAAGGCAGAUAUAUAUAUUUUAUUUUUUCAAUUAUAUGUAUUUUAUUUUUUCAAAUAAUUAUAAAAUCUUGUGAUAUUUUUAAAUCCUAAAUACUAUUUGCUUUUAGCCUGUGAGGUUGUUAAUGAAGACUUACCUUGCAUGACAAAUGGAACAGAAGUAUUAGAACAUUAUGAUUUUGACGAGAACAAUUUUUGGAUGAAUAUAAUAUCUAUGACUGUUAUUUAUAUCGCAUUUCAUAUUUUUGGU